CGUUCGGAGCGAGUACUCGUUGAGUUGAAAAUCAAGCAGCUAGUCGCCAACAAUGGCCCGAACCAAGCAGACCGCCCGUAAGUCCACCGGAGGCAAGGCUCCCAGGAAGCAGCUGGCCACCAAAGCGGCCCGCAAGAGCGCCCCGGCCACCGGCGGCGUGAAGAAGCCCCACCGCUACAGGCCCGGCACCGUGGCUCUGCGGGAGAUCCGCCGCUACCAGAAGUCCACCGAGCUGCUGAUCCGCAAGCUGCCCUUCCAGCGCCUGGUCCGCGAGAUCGCGCAGGACUUCAAGACCGACCUGCGCUUCCAGAGCUCCGCCGUCAUGGCGCUGCAGGAGGCCAGCGAGGCCUACCUGGUCGGACUCUUCGAGGACACCAACCUGUGCGCCAUCCACGCCAAGAGGGUCACCAUCAUGCCCAAAGACAUCCAGCUGGCCCGGCGCAUCCGCGGAGAGAGGGCUUAGAAACACACAAACACACACACCUGCCCUGCCCCCCCCAACGGCUCUUUUAAGAGCCACCUACCUCUUCAAAGAGCUCUCAUCCUGUAAACACAACACAAACAAUAGGAAAUCAUAACUUUGCUUCUGGGGCAAAACUUAAUCAUGCAGAAACAAAGAGUUGCAGAGAGUGACAGAUAUCCUAUUAAUGUACUUGUUAAACAAAUUCACAGCUAACACUGGGUUUGUCCAUCUGUAACAAAAGAUGUGGUGACCUAGGUGUAAUGCAUAAUGAUUAUAAAUCUUAUCUCCCUAGUUGCUCUGGGGAGCAAUCAGGGAGGUAACUAAAA